AUCAACAUUGUUACACAACUCCAGGACUUACUUCAUCAUGGAAUCCUAUUUCAUAUGGCUUUUUGCCAGGCAGGCCAUAAAAAAUGGCCUGCUUUGUUUCGUAUAGACCUGGCGCAUUGAUCCAUCCAUGCUGUAUUACAUGGAGAUGGAUUCUUGUUAGAGAACUAAUUUUAAAGGAGAUAAUUGUGAAGUGUCGGACUACAGUGUGGGUUCACAAUUCACAAGUUGGAUUUAAGGGCCCAUAUUCAUCUCUGUCCUCUGAGUACCUCUUUUCCAAACUUCUGAAUCACUAGUAGUACUUCUUCCACUAUUGUAGAGUGAUUUAAACCCUCUUGUAGUUUCUGAGCUAUCACUAUUAUUUCUCAAAAACUUUAGUGCAAUAUAUUAAGUUAGAGAAAAUGGCAGCAAACAAUGGAUUGGACCCAAAUGUUGGUCCUGACUGCGCACCAACUGGCAUCUCUCAAAGCAACUAUGUUCAAAGUCAAACAGGCCCAAAAUCUUGGCCAACAAUUGGAUGCAACACACGUGACCCAAAUUCUAAUGAAGGCAACAUGGCGGGCGGAACUGUGGCGUUCGACAGUUCUCUGCUGGCCACGGAUGGCGUAAUAUCAAUGGCACCCCCUCGACCUCUCCCAGCUGGUCAAACAGUUGAAACAUGUACAACCAGAGGGACUACAGCCGCCAUGGCACCAGAAAUGGCACGAGCGCUGGACUACACACAAGAGGCGAUCCGUCUCUCCAGCUUCCGCCACUUCCCCGAUUCCGUGCCCGUCAGCGCCACCAGGAUGGCCCGAGCCGGGUUCUACUACAGCGGUACUGGGGACCGCGUGAUAUGUUUCUCCUGUGGUGGCGGAGUGGAGGGAUGGGAGUAUGGUGACACAGCCAUGGGCGAACACGAGAGACUGUACCCUCACUGUGACUUUGUGAACGGUCGCGAGAACAGAAACAAGCCACUGCUACCGCCGGGGAUGUUUCCGGCGCCCGUUCCACAAGCGGCCGCGGCAGCAGCACCAACGGCGGGAAGGGACUACGCCGAUUUUCUCUCUCCCGCACAACGGGAAAAACUGAGAAGUAAAGAGGCUGACAUAAACGACAACAACGAUAACAGCUACCGUCAGCCUUCAUCAAAUACGACUAAUCUUGGCAGACCUGACAACAAUAACCCUCCUCGAGGUGGGGACAGUCCUGACUCUAUGUUGACCUCUAGUCGCCCUCCAAAUCUUACCCUUCAGAACAACGUCCUGCCGAAUUCCUACGACAUUCCCGACCCGGGGCCUGGCACGCCACACGAGAGAGACAUCGACCCGAGACACCAGUACAAGAGCGAGCAGCGACGCGUGGACUCCUACGUCACGUGGCCCGCCUGGGCGCCCCUCCAACCGCGGGAACUCGCCAAGGCCGGGUUCUUCUACACGGGAUCUGACGACCGCGUGCAGUGCUUCUGCUGCCAGGGAAUCCUCCGCAACUGGGAGGCAGGCGACCGCGCCAUGAACGAACAUCGCCGCCAUUUUUCCUCCUGUCCUUUUGUCCUCAACUUCAACGUCGGUAACAUCCCGAUCGAGGAUGAAGACCCCAACCUCCCUCCAUCCAUUCCGCAGUCCACUCCCGCGAAUAGGGAACCAACCAGCCAAUCGUCAGGCCUGUACCAGACUGCACGGAUUCACCAGCCAGGACUGCAGGUCCCAACGUACCGAGCGUCCAGACCGAAACAUCCGCAGAUGGCAGACGAACAGAUCAGACUGUCCUCCUUUCACCUGUGGCCGUCCUCCACAGCUGUGGCACCCAUGCACCUGGCUAAGGCUGGCUUCUUCUACACAAUGGUUGCGGACAACGUGAAAUGUUUCUACUGCGAUGGCGGCCUGCGGAACUGGGAGCCUGGUGACGAGCCGUGGACGGAGCACGCCAAGUGGUUCCCGCGGUGUGAGUUCCUGCUCCAACAGCGAGGGGAUGACUAUGUACAGGGAGUACAGGCUCGCUUCCCUAACCUACAUGCACAGCAACAGGUACAGAUGCUACAGCAGCACAUGAGACCUCCAGACGAAGCCGGCACUGGCCGACCGGCCCCCCGACCGCAGGCCUCCCAGAGCACCCUUGCUGUGGAGAUGCAGAGCCAGGUGGUGUCAGGUGUGCUGGAGAUGGGGUUCGAUCCCAACAUAGUCAGGAACGCCGUCCAGCAACGCCUACGGGAACACGGCAGCGGAUACACCUCCGCGCACGAGCUGGUCGUCGCCGUGCUAGAUCUCGAGGAAGAAGAAGAAAGGAUGGAGCACUCGUCCCAGGGGGGGACGGGGGCUGGCCCAGAGGAGGGGGCAGCGAAGAAACAGAAAGAGUUGGAAGAGCCGGCUGCAACAGCCACAUCUGCAGCUGCAGGGGCCAGUGGGACAGAAGAACCACAACCAGGGACUAGUGCAUCCAUGGAGGAACCAGCUGCGGCUGCUGCAGGGGAAGAAGGCAACAGUUUUGAACAGUUGAAGAAGGAACUGGACAAGUACAAGGAUGAGAGGACCUGUAAGAUCUGCAUGGAUGCUGAAGUCAACAUAGUGUUCAUCCCAUGUGGCCACCUGGCGGUUUGUGCCAACUGUGCAGCCAGCGUACGCAGGUGUCCGAUAUGUAGGGCUAGCAUUCGCGGCACUGUCCGCACAUAUAUGUCUUAGACUCAUCAGCCUUUGCAACAGUUUAUGAUGUUUUCUUUAGUUGGAUGUGGUCAUGUCAGCUUUGACAUGCUAGCCUGGUUGCCACCCUCAGAAGUAACUGUUGCCUCAAUCUUAGUGCCUCUAAUAACGGAUAUGCAAGGGAAACAAUUGAGCCAGCAUUUACUAUUAAGGAUAAUACCCAGGAUAAUAACAUGCUAAGUAUGUUGCGUGUUCAGACUUUUACUACAGAGAUACAGAAAGUUACACGUCAAGUCGCACAAACCAAUCUACAAAAAGGCACCAGUGCACAUAUACAAAGGGGCAGCUAAGUAAGCUUAAUGCAAGUUUAAGUUUACUGCUCCAACAUAAUUCGUUCACUUAAAUCCUGUAUGCAUAUGGUUAUGAAUAAGGCUCCUGUACAAGAUUUAUCAUUUUCUUCGUUUCUUGAUGAUGGUCUCUAAAAUAUUAUUAUUUUCUAGAAACUAACAUGUUGAGGAGAGUAGUACAAUACAAUUUUGCUGAAAGUUGUUCACUUGUACACUGUCCUAGUCUAAACUGUAUUCUCUUGACAAUGUUGUCAAAUUUAAAUUAGUAAGGCAAGUGUUUCAGACCAGCUCUAAUCACUUCACUUUAUUGGAGACAUGUACCUUCCCAUAUAGCAAUGACUAGCAACUCGGCUGGUAUCUAUUAUUUCAGGAAAUUACAAUCAACAUUGUCUUGCACAUGUAUAUGUAUAUGUAUACUUUAUCUGUAUCAUAUUGGACAGUAAUGUCAAUGUAAUUAUGUAAGUACAUAGAUCUUACAUGUAUUUAUACUUUAUGCAAUUAUGAAACAUAUUGUACAAUAUGGAGUCAGGCAUGCAGAGUGUUAAUUUUCCUGUACAGGUGUAUGUUACAUUUGUUGGUGACCUUUCCAGUUGUUUGAUGUUAAGCAGUUGUUUUUUUCUCGCUCUUUUUUUCUCCAAAGGAAAA